CUAGCAAUGAUACACAUCUACUUUACAGCAACGUGCUGAUGACAGUUGACAUUUAGUAAAGAUUCACAGCUGAUCAUGAGCCUCUACUCAAGCAAGCUCCAGUCAUCCUUCACCUCCAUCAAUGGAGGAUUAGGGGAAUCCUUUGGCUCCUCCAGCUACAGCAUGAGUCCAGCGAGUCAAAUGUCUAGGUCAAGAUCUACCUCCCUUUCCUCUUCCUUGGGGGGACUUGACUUCACCAAGGAUUAUCUCAACGAGAACCUGCUGUCUGGUAAUGGCAAGUACACCAUGCAGAAUUUAAAUGACCGGCUCGCCUCGUACUUAGAGAAAGUGAGAUCACUGGAGGAGACUAACUCAGGGCUGGAGAAGAAGAUCAGCGAGUGGCACCAAAAGAAGAGUCAGAAUAAGAAGAAAGACUACAGCAGCUACGAGAAGGCCAUCGCCGACCUACAAGCACAGCUCCUCACUGGACAUACAAACGAUGCCAAGCUAACACUUCAGAUGGAAAAUGCCAAGCUGGCCUUAGAUGACUUCAAACGCAAAUAUGAAACAGAAAAAGCAUUUCGUGCAGCCUUGGAGACGGACUUGGAGGGCCUGCGCAAAGUGAUGGAUAACCUCACCAUUGUCCGGACAGACCUGGAGAUGGAGGUGGAGGGAAGCAGGAAACAGUUGAUCUACAUGAGGAAGAGACACGAGGAGGACAUGAAGCUGGCUCAAGCACAAAAGCAAGGUUCAACUGUCAAUGUGGAAAUUGAUGCUCCCAAAGGUGCAGACUUAGCCAAAUAUAUUGCUGAAGUGAGAAAGGAAUAUGAAGGCAUUAUAGAGAGGAGCAGAAAAGAUGCUGAAGAAUGGUACAAACAACAGUCUACAACAGUCCAACAGGAGGUUAACACAAACACAGAAGCUCUGCAAAGCAGCAAAAGCCAGAUCAAAGAGUUGAAACGCACAUUGCAAAAUCUGGAGAUUGAAAUGCAAGCUGAGCUCAGCAGGAAACAGGCGCUGGAGAACACGUUGGAUGAGACCCAGUGCAACUCUGGCUCACAGCUCCAGAAUAUCCAAGAAAAGAUUUGCCAGGUGGAGGCCGAGUUGAGCAGAGUUAGGAAUGAUCUAUCACAACAGAGCAACGAGUAUAAGAUCCUUCUGGACAUCAAGAGUCGUCUAGAGAAUGAAAUUGCCACCUACAGAAGAUUGAUAGAUGGAAACAACAGCAGUGAACAAUCCACCAACACAAAAGAUAUAAAUCGCAAGGUCAAGACUAUAGUCCAAGACAUGGUCAAUGGAAGAGUGGUUAACUCCAGAAUUUCUGAGAUCCCCCUAAAACUGUGAAGACAUGAAAACUUGAAAUCUGAGACAUAAAAAACUUCACAUCGCAAGCAGGCGAUUAAACCUAGUUUACAUGUGCCAAUAUUUAUCGCAAAAAUGUACAGCGGGAAAUACUGUAACAAGAAUAGAAAAGAAUAGAAAAUGUCUACUGUUUAUUACUGCCAGCAUAAUAGAUGUCCAAAAAAAUAAAAAAAAUGCUAAUUCGGCCAGGCAUACAUCAUCUAUCAUUACCUAGUUUGUUUCCCUGCAAGGGUUACCUUUUACUGUACUUUCCUGAAAAAAUGUGAACCUAGUGCUACGCUCUUUUUAUCUGAAGAUAACACCCCAGGGACAUUAGGGAGCUUAGUACAUGUCACUGCUAGUAUAUUUUCAUAGGCUGGAAAAUAAAUUUUGUUAUUCAUGGCUACGAAAGGUAACUUAAGUAUAGUUCAAUUAAUAUAGCAUAAAUAUACAGGCAAUUAAUUUAUCAAUACUUUGAAGAAGGCGGUGUCUAUUAAUAUUUAUUUAUAUACAGCCUAGAGUCUGAUACUGUAAAUACUCCAUCAUAUUCAAUGGGAGUGUUAUUUUUGUUUAAACACUGUUUAGGCAUUAUAGUUUUUAACAUGGUGGUAUGAAUGAAUGGAAUAUGUUACAUUAUAUUUUAUUUUCUUGUUUUUUGUGAUAUAAUUUUGACGUAAAAGAGUAUACUAAGUGCACCGGUACUUUACUUAUCCAGGGCAAAGUAACAAAUAUGCUGCCUAGCAGAUGCUCCCCACUGCAGGUAUUUAACUUCUUUGUUCCCUCCACCCACUCUGAUCACCAGUUGAGACUCCCAGAAAGUAUGUACAUCCUGGUAGAGGGGAACAUGACUAUCUCCUUUUCCUCCAACAUUGAACUCUUGAGUAGCUAAUGGCCAAGCCUGCAUGUUGUCUGUGAGGUGAAUAGAAGGCCAAAAGCCCUGUGUAGAGCCAAUAUCUCUGUGUUAGCUGGAACAUACUUAACCCAGGACUUAAAGUGGAUGUUAACCCUCACACAUACUCAGUGAAGUGAACAGCCUCAAAUGAUACACAGAGAUUAAACAAAUAUCCCUAUAUAAGUUUUACUUGUAUAUCUGUGGUCUUCCCCUUUCUACGCUCUUUGAAAAGUGCACACUGUUCAGCUGUACUUAGGGGUGGGUGGGGAGACUGGACUUGUAUGGUAUGAGACCUGAUUGGAGGAAAGGGACACUUCUACAUUGGCAGAGAAACAAAGAAACAUGCAGAGCUAUCUUCUGAAUAGACAAGCUCCCUGAUAAUCUCCCUCUAAACUCCCUCCCCAACACAAAUUUUUAGCUCAUGUUAUCUCCAGUGUCGGAGAACUUCUCAGAAGUGAUUCAUCCUGAAAACAGAGGAACAGAGCACCAGAGAGAAUCAGCACUUGGAGCUUUGGAGAGAGACAAGUAAACACUACAGAUAUAUGUGCUUAGAUCAAAUUUCAUGAAUGGGGUUUACAACCACUUUAAGCCAAAGGAUUAGUGAAAAAGCUGACCAAGGAGCAAUGAAACCAGCAGUACCAGUACCAGUAGAUAAGGCCCUGAAUAGGCAAAAGACAGAUUUCCUUUUGAAGCAACACUCCAUUAAAAAACUGAUAUUGAAAUUAGGUGAAGUACAAUAGGUGAAGUCACCCUGGUUUAUUUAGUUUCUCAGGGAAUCUACCAGUUAAGUGUGCUUUCAGCUCUGGGUGUGCCAUUCUUCUUGGAAUGUUUCCAUUCCUAAUGUAGUAUUUUCCAUAUUUUAAUUAGGCAGCCUCUCUAGCAUCUGACAUGUCAACUUUGGGUGAAUUAUACUUCAAGAUUGAUUAUUAAAAUCAUAUUUUGGUUAAAUACCCAUUACAGUAUUUGUCAUUUCGGAAUUUGGUGAACCAGAGUAGAAAAGCCCUUGCCCAGCCAAUAUACCACAGAAUAGGAAAUCUGUGUUGAAGCAGUUGUCUCUCUAUAGUGGUCUGAUACCCUUGGCUGUUUUAGAAUUGGAGCUUGCCAGUCAGAACAGGCUCAGAUCAAACCCAGAAAUGGCGCUAGGCUAUCAGCGCUCAACCACUCAUGGGAUAGAUAAAUAAAUUAUGAAGUUAAAAAAAUAACCCCUGCUCAUUGGAGAGUUCUGACUGAGCUCUCCAAUGAGCGUGUCAGACUGCUGCUUAGAUACAGAUGCCCUUUUCGGCAAUAUACAAGAGGAGGGUGACUUUUUUUAUUUUGGUUGUUGUUGUCUCAGCAAUAAACAAUAUAGCACAAACUUAACCAUUUUGCUGCACCUAGAACCUAUUGAUCCAAUUUUAUAUUUCAUACAAACUUAAAUUUGGCUUUAUAGCCUCCCUGUGUUACAUUACUUAUUACAUAUUUUAAUGUAUUACAAAUGGCUCACAUACUGCAUUUACAUUGUUAUACUUAUGAAGUGUUUUUUGUUAUUUUCUGCUUAUUUAUAUUUUGUUUUAAUUUUAAUCAAAUGUGGUCAUUUUUUUUACAUAAUUUCCCUUGUUUCCAAUACUUUUCUACUUAGCAUUUGCAUAUAGUUGCUUUAAAUGUAUCAUGCAAUGAAUGUAAAAGUGGGCAUAACUAGGCAGAUGUUUAAGUGAAGGAACAUCUACAAAUUUGUCAAAUUUGUACAUUCAAAAUAUUUAUUUAAGUUUCUACUAAGUUAAAUUUUUCUUUGUAGAUUGUUCUGAUGUACUUUACUGUUCAUUCUUCCCCCAAAUAGUAUUGAAUUAUUAGAACCAGCAAUUAAAUAUUCACAGCUACAAGCAAUAAAAAAUAAGUUUAUAUAGAGAGAGCAUAUGAUUACCUGACUACAGUUAAAAUCAAUAUUAAAAGACUAAUUCAUUAAAUGCAAUUUUUUUUUAACUCUGGUCCUUAAUAACCCCAUAAAAAAUGUUUUCCAGCUCUCUUAAUAGAAAUACAGGUUUAAUUUGGUUCUUCUUUUUGAAAGAUACUGAUUAAAACAAUACAGAAAAAUAAAUGUGUUGAAUUAUUAGAACCAGCAUUUAAAUCUUUACAAAAAAUAGUGAGGGCAACAUUCAUAUUUUUAUCCAAUAUACACUAAGUUUAUAUAAAGAGAGUAUAUGAUUAACUGACUACCAUUAAAUUCAAUAAUAACAGAGUAUAGAAUUACAAUGAUAGAAUUAGAGGACAUUUGUUGUGUCUAUGGUUUGGCUUUGAAAGAACAAGGAAUGGAUUUUAAGAAUGAAUUGCCUGACUGUAUUUCUCCUGAAAACGUCCAUUCAGUACUUAACCUUCCCUAGUUAGCAAUU